AUGUAUCUUACCUUUCCAAGCGGCAAACAUAGCCAAGAUGGCGGCGACAUCUCUAGCAAGAGAAAAGCGCCUGCUGGCGGCGAUGUCAGUCGCAAGAGAAAAGCGCCUGCUGGCGGCGAUGUCAAUCGCAAGCCCAGAAAGCAAUCGCCAUCCGGCACCGAUGACGACGCGCCCUCGCUCGAAAACCCUCCCAGUUUUGCCUGCCCGCUGUUUAGAUACGACCCCGUCGUGCAUCACGAAUGCUUGAUGUUUAUGCUGCCGGCGCCGUGGGUCGUCCAGUGCCACUUGCAACGAAGACACAGUUCGGACCAGCGUUGUCCUACUUGCGGCAGCUACUUCACAUCGCGUAGUAAGCUCAAGGCGCACCAGGAGCAGAAGCAGCCGUGCCGCGCGAUGCCCCUCGAGCGCCAUUACCACGAUCUUGGACCCGAGCGAUUGGCGCAGCUGUCCACGUUUGACGAAAAGACGCGGUUCAUGGACAAACCCGCCCAGUGGAGCUGGAUUUGGGGGGUGGUGUGUCCCAAGCCUGACCAACCGCCGCCACCGAACAUGUAUUUGGACGGAAUGCUUGGCGAGAUGCUCAGUGUGGGACUCGAGGCUCGCGAUCGUGGUAUCAGCUGGUUGCCACAGCUCCUCGAAGUGCAUGGCGUUAGCAUCAAGCACCGCGACACCCUGUGUGAGAAAAUCCGGGAUAUAUUCCUUGGAGCACGGCCGGAGCAGGACAUCGGCAGUGUCGCGAACACCGUUGUCAUACGUGCACGAAGCCAAAUUCAACCGCUUCUUACAAAAGCAGGCAUCAGCGACGUCGAUGGCGCCUUGGCUGGCGAAAUAUUGGCCCUCUUUUUUGGCGAUGGCGCGAAACGAGACCCUCUCGCAAUCCCCAGCCUGACACACUUGCCGAGGCCAGCGGCGGCGAGGAAAAUGAACUGGGCAUGGAUAGACAGUGACGACGACGACGACGACGACGGCGGCUCGGUCAACCCCAUGCGUCGUCAUCUUAUGCCGAUGCCAUUUACAACAACAAAAACAGAAGGCGUCGAGUGGGACAUGGCCGAAUCGGCUGGCCCGCCUCAGCCGGGGCCAGUCAUACAACCUAAAAUGACCAAACGGCGUGCCUAUAUAGCCGAAAUCUCUGCAUCCAUAUUGGCUGCCCUCACUUCGCUGGAAAUUGACGCGGACGACGAACGCGAAAAGGGCGAUGAUGACAAGGACAAGGGCAAAUCCCCAAUCAAGCCUUCUGUUCAGAACUUGCGCGAAGCUUUACGAUCGCGGGACCGCCAAGAACUUCAUGAUUUGCUGAAUGCAUGCUUCGAGCACGUUGCUUCAGAGGAAUAUUCCUGGCUGGCAGAGCUCAGAAGCUUAGGGUACUCUUCCUCGGACAUCGCCGACGAGUUGCUGGAACGAGAAGUCUGUGGACCCUGGAUUUUCCAGCCAGUUGUGCUCCCUUUUGCGCGGCAACUUAUGGAUGGCCAUCAUCAGCCACGUUGUGUUCACAACUUCGACCAGGCUCAGUCUUCGACAAAUCCUGAUAUUCAAGAGGGGACCGAGUCGAUGUUUCCCGUAAAAUACGUGCACGGAAAUCAUCCAACUCUCACUCCACAGCAAAGCAUCGAAUAUCUGUGCGGUCUAUGUGGGGUGCGGCCAUCUGCAGAUGGACGUUCAGAGACCGACCUGGGUUCGGUCACUUUUGAGGCAGGUCCCCAAGCCAUUAUCAAAUUCAGUGAUAUGGCGUCCCACACAAGCGAGAUAUUGAAGAAUCUUGCCAACGCGGCUGGGAUGCUUCAGAUGCUCGGCGGGUGCUGUGACUCCUUGACCUUUCUUUACUGGCGUUACGACGAAAUCAGACUUCACCGUGUCCCCUUUUCAGUCAUCGGUCGGCUACAACAGAGCUUGAGCAACCCAACCGACCUCUCCGUCUUCGACGCACUUUAUGAGGCCAUGCCGUUUUUUGACAACGGUGUGCUUCUGGUUCAAAAACUCGGUCACGCAAACGUCCGUUUGCUGGUUGACCUGGCUGCUCGAUUUCUCAGCCUGUGUUUCCUCUCGUACGCCCAGGGGCACCGGGGACCGAUAAGUCCGUUCUUUCUCGACACGCCGUUGGAAACCGUGCUGCUUACAAGCUCGACGACACCUGCACCUACCCUGUGCGGUUCUUUGGUGGAAUCGACGUGCAUUGGGGAUAUGGUCGGGGGCCCGUUGUUCGCAUUCCACAUGGAAACGGGGUGGAAGAAGUCGAUCAACUGGUGGCUGAAAUGCACUCCUGACAGCAAGCUGGAUCUACUUGCGUGCGCGGAGGAUGUACUGGAUACAUGGGGACCAGGGGAGGCCCUGAUGUCGAAAGACAAGCCAGGCGAACUGCUCGCAAUCUCUAUCGGCGGCGGCACCAUCGUCGCCAUCGAGCCCACGCCCUCAGAAAACAGCGGUGAAACCCCGCCGCUCUUACACUGGAGUUCGGGAUCGAUCUUACCAAGCAGCCUGCCCAGGGGCUUCGGCUUCCGGGAAGUUAUGAGAAUAGGGGCAACUGUAAUGGAGAAUCUAGGCUGUGUGGGGCGUCCAAGCGAGCGCCUGCGCAGGUUCCCUUCGCUGCUCAGGGACCUGGGAGUACGUCCCGCGUCUUGGGAGCCGUCCGAGAGGCAACUCGGGCUCGGCUUUCACGCCCAAGCAGCUCAGUCCGGCUUUGCUAUCGCACGGUUCAACCAAAACUGGAUCAAAAUGAAGGAGGUCACCAAGAAGGCCGCGCUGCUGGCUCGCCCGCGACUAUACACCCCGGACCUAGACAGCCGCAUUGGGGUCCAGAUCAGCGUUUGCACCGGGAUUGCACGGCGCGUGCGACUACGCGACCUGCUUGCCGACGUUCUCCCUGCUUAUGUGGCCGGGCUUGUCACGAAACCACAAGAGUGGGAUGUGCUGGACCGGACACACGACAUAACAGCCUCUCUCCAAGGGGACAAUGAUCUUGGCUGCUGGCUGGCAAACCUCACCCAUGGCCAGCAGAGGGCAUUUGAGGACCUCGUCCGGGACGUUCUGAGCCUGCUCAGAGACACUGGCUUUAACCGAAGAGACCAGGAAUUUACCGUCGCCUGCAUCCAACCCCGUCUUCAUCCUCAGUGCUUCAAAAUCCCCUGCAAGGAGGAGAACGUGUGGACGCGUUUACUCGCAGACUCUGAGGACACGGCCACCUUCGCCUAUGCUACGACAAGAUGCUUGGAAACAGCAAAGGUGAAAUGCAGCAACCCAGCGGCACCCUGGAUCAACUCUACCAGCAUGCUGUCGACGGUGGUCUCGUGCUGUGAGGGGCGCAUCGCCACCACGCCACCAGCGCCGCCUUCCACUCCGCCGAAAUCGCCCUUCUUGCCUCUGCAGUUGCCCCCAACGCCGCCUCCACUGCUCCCAACACUGUCCGCAGUGCUUCCAACCCUGCAGGCAACAUCCUCAACUCUAGCGACAUUGCCCCCAACGCCGAGUGCUGGCCCCAGUACCGCUGCCGGCUCCGGCUCAUCUCCUGGGGAAGUUGCUGUUAUUGCGGCUCCCGUGCCGGUUCACUGGACAUUGAAGCACCGCGAGUCAUACUACAUUGGCCAUCCCGAUGCGCUUCUGCUCGUAUCUGUCCACAAGCCCGAGGAGCAAAGGGAGCCGACUCUGCUAGUUUCCCCAAGCACGAUCCCGGGGAUGCGGUUGCGUAGACUCUUGAAUGGGGGACCUGGGAAGAGGAAGCCUUUGCGUCUUAGAGAGAUGGCGUUGUACGAUGAGGUUUCUGUUGCUGAAAGCGUCGUGGUUCUCGUUGGCCGGCCGGAAGAAGGUGGGAUAUCUACCUAA